AUGAAGACUGUCACAGGCCAAGUGGUACCAACAAAGUCAGUCUCUCUAUCUUCAGCAGCCAAAAACCUUUCCAACUUCGCCUCCCAGGAAGAGAAGAACGGAGCUUCCGAUGCCGUCCGCGUGUAUCUGAAACGCGCUUCUGAUGCCUUCAACAACUUGGUUCAAUUCCACAAGGAGCUAAAAGCGCCCCAUUCGAAUCGCAAACGUAAGGCAUCUCAAUCUCUUGUUGUUGAUACAAAGAUUGAAACUUUAGCCACCGUUGACAAAAAUCCAGAUGAAGAAAAGAUCAAGAAUGUGGAAAGUAAGAGCAAGCGGAAUAAAAAUCGCGAAUUAGAGAGAAGUUCGGACAAGAACAGAAAAGAUAAGAGAACUGGCCAAUCGGAGUUAAGGAAUAAGGAGAGAGAACAGAUUGAGCAAAGCCCUGAUGGGGUUGGGGAGGAAAGGAAAAAGAAGAAACAUGAAAAGAUUGUGAGAGGUGAAGAUGCAGAGGAAAGAGAUGAGGGUAGGAAUAAGGCUAAGCAAGAGAUUGUGGAAGUUGAAAGGAACAUUAUUGAUAGAGUUGAAGGUGAAAGUGUGAAGAGGAAGGAUAAGAAGAAGAAAAAGAAGGAUGAGGGUGAGGAGGAUGGAGAAAAUGUUGGCAAAAAAGGAAAGAAAAAUAGCCAAUCGGAGGUGAGGAGUGAGCAGAGAGAACAGAUUAAGCGAAGCCCUGAUAGUGGGGUUGGGGAGGAAAGGAAAAAGAAGAAACAGGAGAAGAUUGGGAGAGGUGAAGAUAGAGAGGAAAUAGAUAAGAUUAAGAAUAAUACUGAGCAAGAGAUUGUGGAAAUUAAAAGAGACAUGGAUGGAGUUAAAGGUGUCAAGAGUAAGGAUAAGAAGAAGAAGAGAAAAAAGAAUGAGGGUGGAGAUGAUGGAGAAAAUGUUGGAAGCGAAAAAGGGAAGAAGAGGAAGAGCAGGAAGGUUGAUGGUGGAGAGAGAAGUGAUUCUGCAGAGCAGAGUUGA